AUGUGUUCUCACCUAGCUGUGGGAGUUCUUGUGGGAGCAUCAGGUUUAGACGUGGUUGAAUCAGGGGAUGAGGAUGAUGCUGGUGGAGGUGAUGAUGUUUCUGCUAGACAUCUGGAGGAUCCUUCUGCUGUUCCCAGACCCCCACCAGGCUCAUGUGGCAGUGGAGGUGCAUUGCUGGUCGGAUCACUGGUUAUAGGAAUGUUGAGGACAUCAGUGGCCUUUCUUCUUCACCUGGCUGCAUGUCUGGCCGCUCCUGUGCCAUGUGAGGAGAAGGUGGUCCAUUUGGAAGCGGAGAUCCAGGGCCUGAUGAACUUGAUCAGCGACCAGCACCUUUAUAUCCAGGAGCUCCACAACAGCCAUGCCCAGCAACUGGAGCUCAUACCCAACUCACACCUGGGCCCUGAAAACCUGUAUAGAGAUUGUUCUGAGAUGUUUGCAGAUGGUAAUGUGGCCAGUGGGGUCUAUGUGAUUCGUCCAGACGGCUCUCCCACCGCACUGACUGUUUACUGUGACAUGAACAAUGGAGGAGGAUGGACCGUCUUUCAAAGGAGGAAAGACGGCAAAGAGAGCUUUGACAGAGCGUGGGUGGAGUACAAGCAUGGAUUUGGGGACCUCUACUCCCCUGAUGGAGAAUUCUGGCUGGGCAAUGAACCUCUACACUAUCUCACCUCCCAAGGAAACUACGACUUGCGCAUUGACAUGGAGGACUUUGAGGGUAAUCAGCGCUAUGCAGAGUACAAGAACUUCAGAGUACACAAUGAAAAGGACCAGUACCAGUUGCAUUUGGGAGAGUACACUGGGAAUGCAGGGGACGCCCUAACUGAUCUUCACAGUCCUUCCUCAGCUGGGCAAAUAUGGACUGAUCCAGGCUUGGGGUCAAGCGGUGUCAAAUUCAGCACCUUCGAUCAGCCGAACAGCAGCAACACUGAAGACAGCAACAUCCAAUGUAUCAGACACAGCAAGUCAGGCUGGUGGUUCAGCAGGUGUGAUUCAGGGAAUCUGAAUGGUCAUUACUACAAAGGGCCGUACCAAGCAAUGAUCAGUGACGGGGUGGUGUGGUACACUUGGCAUGGUUGGUGGUAUUCUAUCAAAUCUGUUGUCAUGAUGGUACGAGCUGCUGACCUCAAGCAUCCACCGCCAGUUAUCACCCCAUUACUGGGGCAAGUCAACAGCAAAGUGGCAGGUGGUACUCUUUCCUCAUGGCCAAUAGACUGA